AUGCUAGGUACACUAGCUCUGGACUCUGACGCUGCCGUGACAUAAAUUUUGUCGAACAACGCCCAAGGCUGCAGACGUAUGAACGCCAUUUGCAGGUCUGGAUCUCCAACGGAUGACUCCUUUAUGGAGUUCAAUCUCGGUAUUGGUGGACCCAACAUAGCACCUACGGUAACAGCACUUCUCACCUGCCGAGCUGAUGGGAAAUGGUAUUACACCGAUGGAACAGCAUCACUUGCAAUUACGGACGUUAGCUGUAGUACCACGAAGGCACCCGCUACAAAUUGUGCGACAUGUGAUCCCAACGAUGUGGUAUUCAAAGAAGGCGUAGAUGCAGACGAAACGGAUGCCAUCAGAGAAGAUUUGCCAAAUAACGCCCAAGGGUGCAGACAAAUGAACGCGAUCUGCGAGUCUGGAUCAGACACUGACACUUCAUUUAUGGAGUUCAACGAUGUUGUGGGUGGGCCCCCGAUUGCGCCCACGGUUACAGCACGUCUCGUUUGUCGUGCCGACCAAAAAUGGUACUACACUGAAGGAGGGAAUUCAGUGGCAAUCAACAAAGUGACUUGUAGUACCACAAAAGUUGAUCCCGUUGAAACAUGUGCGACAUGUGACCCGAGUAUUGUGGAGUUCCUAACGGCCACAAGCCCCGAUCAAACGGAUGCUAUUAUGGAAGAACUCCCGAAUAACGCCCAAGGGUGUAAACAAAUGAAUGCCGUCUGCAGAUCAGGGACAACAGAUGAUUCCUUCAUGGAGUUCAACGGUGCCAUUGGAGGACCAGAUAUAGCUCCCACUGUGACGGCAGUUCUCACUUGUCGAGCUGAUCAGCAAUGGUACUUCGAUGACGGGGUGAAUGCGCUGUACGUUCUAGAAUUUCAGAUUGCACCUCAAUUAUAG